UGGUUUGAUUCAUAGGAUAAUAGAGCAUGUCCAUCUAAAAAUUUUCGUCUUUUUAUAUGCUUCCCUUUCUUUCUCAUUUUCCAUCCAUUUCUCUUUCAUUCUAAACACAAUAAGAAUUCAGAAGCCAUGGAGGAACUCAUCAUAUCUCCUUCUUCAUCUUCUUCUUUAGUCCCUUCUUCCCAGGAAACCCCAUCCACUCUCCAACAGAGGCUCCAAUUCUUACUCCAAAGCGAGCCUGACUGGUGGACCUAUGCUAUAUUCUGGCAAAAAUCACAUGAUGAAACUGGCCGCAUCUUCCUCUCCUGGGGAGAUGGCUAUUUUCAGGGCUUCGCAGAUAUAUCUCCAAAACUAAACACCAUGAACAACCACCUCCAACACCGUAUUCCUAGCUUCAACUCUGAGGGGAAAAGAGCCGUCAAGGGAAUCCAACCUCUCAUCGGCGAACCCCAUGACAUAGAUGUGUCCGUGAUGGACGACAACAAUGUCAAUGACGUUGAAUGGUUCUAUGUGAUGUCACUCACUCGAUCUUUCUCUGCUGGUGAUGGUAUUCCAGGAAAAGCACUUACCACUGGUACUAUGGUGUGGUUGACUGGUGGACAGGAACUCCAAUUUUACAACUGUGAAAGAGCCAAGGAGGCACGAAUGCAUGGCCUUCAAACCUUUGUCUGCGUACCUACUUGUAAUGGGGUUCUUGAAUUGGGCUCAUCUGACAUGGUCAGAGAGAACUGGGGCCUUGUCAAACAAGCCAAGUCUCUCUUUGGCUCAGAUGUCAGCUGUAUGAUUCCCAAAGAUCCCUAUCCCACCACACCACCCAUCCAGUUAUUCGACAUGAACAUUUCUUUCGCUGAUAUAGGCAUAAUUGCAGGAAUACAAGGAGGAGAAUCAACCCCUAAAGAGAAGUUCGCGCAAGAAGGCGAAGCAAAGAAAGAGAAUGCUAAAGCAGACCUGUCCUAUGUGGACUCCGAGCAUUCUGGCUCAGACUGUACUUUAGUUGAAUCGAAUAUAAAGGAAAGAACCCCGAAGAAGAGAGGGAGAAAACCGGGAAUUGGUCGGGACACACCACUGAACCAUGUAGAGGCCGAGAGGCAGCGGCGCGAGAAGCUCAACCAUCGGUUCUACGCCCUGCGAGCAGUGGUCCCAAAUGUGUCCAGAAUGGACAAAGCAUCGCUGCUAUCUGAUGCAGUUUGCUACAUAAACGAGCUGAAGGCGAAAAUAGAUGAACUUGAGUCACAUCUACAAAGAGAGUCCAAAAGGGUGAAAUUGGAAGUGGCUGAUAAUAUAGAUAAUCAAAGCACAACCACUUGUGUAGAUCAAGACAAGCCUAAUAAUUCCGGUGGAGCUGGGUUUGCACUUGAAGUUGAUGUUAAGAUUAUGGGUAAUGACGCCAUGAUUAGGGUUCAAUCUGAGAAUGUGAAUUAUCCAGGUGCUAGGUUAUUGUCUGCACUACGUGACCUAGAUUUUAAAGUGCACCAUGCUAGUAUGUCCACUGUUAACGAGCUCAUGCUUCAAGAUCUGGUGGUGAGAGUUCCUAAUGGUUUGAUAACUGAUGAGAACUUGAAAUCUGCACUCCUCGGAAGACUAGAACAAUAAAAUUAUUACUGUUGAUUAUUAUUUAUUAAUUAAUAUGUAAUGAAUGACGUAGGGUUUGUUUCAUUAUUGUCUUCUUGAGCACUUCUUAAUGUAGC